AUGUUCCACCUCCAAAUCAACGGAGAGGGACUGUGGCAGUUGCGAGGGUACGUCAGCAGAAACACGGACGUCUUAUGUGCAAUUCUUCAAGAUAAUUUGUCUAAACUUGGAUACCAGUUAACGCAGUCAUCUUCUUUUCGAGUUGGAAACGUUGUGAAGAACAGAGCACAAUACAUCGUCAACAAAACAAGGAACACGAGUAACGGCAGCAUCAGAAAAGCCAUGCGAUCCGCAUUUUGGUGUAAAGUUGCACUUCAUCCAAGAACAUGGAGAGUGCCUAAAUUGUCGGAAAAACGAGAGUGA